AUGGUGUCCCUUUCACAACGAAUGCGUAAGCUGCAGCACAAACUGAUCGCGAUACGACUGGGACCUGGAGCGCUGGUAUUACCGAAAGAUGUCAAGCGGAUACACAUGCGGUUUGGCGAGAAGAUCAAUGGCGGGCAUAUGGGGCCUAGGAAGUUCUGGCGACACGAACUCAUUCGGCUGAAAUACCACAAUCCCGCCGUUCCCAUGACAGUCGACCGGAUACGAGAAGAGGCACAAACACCAGAGUCAGAAGCGAUCAUGUCAGUACACUUCGCGUCCGCCGAUGCCAGACAGACCUCGUCGUCUGCUACAUCAUCACCCGCCUCCACCGACUCGACAACAACCGCUACAACCCCUUCCGAUGCCGAUCCAACAGAGAGGGUCGAGACGAUAAAUAUGAAGAACAAGACGAAUUCGGAGAUAUUACAGCAGCUCACACAACUCACCAAGGCAUAUCCUAUAGAGCCGACGGAGGGAGAUAAGGAGGAAUUAAGGUUACUGGAAGAGCAGCGAGUGAGGAGUGAACGGGAUAGUAAGAUGUACGCAGAGCACAGGGCAAGGAUGAAGAGGGAGCGGGAGAUAUUCGAGCAGGGCCGCAACGAUUUGGCGGCGCAGACUGCAUGA